CAUGAGGCUGCCGUCGUUCUCAGUGAACGGCACCUUCAAGAGAUAUGUCCUGGCCAUAGGCAUCGUCUUUGCUCUUGAGAUAUGGUUUCAUUUAUCCCGCUUGUCGACCGAGAACUUCCGGAUCGAGGUCAACAAAGCACCACGACCGGAUUGCCAUGCACCGGAACAUUUACUGCAUCACAAUUCAACAACAAGUCGGCAAAAUGCAACUGUGCUUAUGCUUGCGCGGAAUGAGGAUCUCGAGGAAGCCGUGGACGCAUUGAAGUCCUUCGAGUCGCAGUUCAACAACCGAUAUCAUUAUCCGGUCGUAUUUCUCAACAACGAACCAUGGACUGAUGCCUUUAUGCAAAACGUGUCGGGCGUUGUCAGUGGCCAGGCUAUCUUCGACAUCAUUUCUGCGGACAUGUGGGGUUUCCCCGACCACCUGGACCAAGAUGUCGCAAAAGCGAGCAUCAAAGAGCAGGGAGACAAGGGCAUAAUUCAUGCUGGACAAGAGAGCUAUCACCACAUGUGUCGCUUCUACUCCAUGAAGUUUUAUGACCAUCCCGCAAUGCAACAAUACAAAUGGUACUGGCGCAUCGAACCUGGCAUCUCCUUCGCCUGCCCCAUAACAUUCGACCCUUUCGUCUACAUGUCCCACAACAAAAAACGCUACGCCUACGCCAUCGCGCUUCAAGAAGUCGGCUCCACAGUCCGCAGCCUCUACAGAGCCGUCAGCGACUACAAAGACGACCUCCACAUCUCCUCAUCUCGCUACUGGACCGCCCUUAUCAAUCCCUCAUGGGCCCCAUUCCCAAUCCGCUGGUUAUUGCGUCUAGCGCCCUACCGCGACAUUAACGGCGACGAGUGGAACCUCUGCCACUUCUGGAACAAUUUCGAACUCGCAGAUUUGGAUUUCCUGCGCCAGGAUGAUCAUAGACAUAUGAUGGAACACCUGGACAAACUGGGAGGGUUUUAUUCCGAGCGCUGGGGAGAUGCUUCUAUACGAUCGUUUGCGGCGACUUUGCUGCUCAAGCCGGAGGAAAUACAUUAUUUUGGUGAUGAUAUUUGUUAUUGCCAUGGCGAUUUUUGCUCGCCGGGCAUUAAUCUGUUGGGGGAGAAGGAUAGUUGUCCGAUUUUGGAGGCGGUGGAAGAGAAGGAGAAGAAAGGGGUGUUUAAUGAGAUGUGUCUUGAUAGGUUCAGGCGGGCUAACGUGAUAUGAAGCGACGACAACAUCAAUGGCUUUGUAAGAGAUGUAUUCAUACAACAAUUCCUGUGGAC